GUGUCCCCAUGCACUCCUAGGCAUGGGCAGUGGGAGGCUAGCUGGGACCACAGCAGCUUGGUCCUUCUCCAGUGGGUUGUCCAGUCAGUGAUUCCUGUUUCCCUUAAGGCUGCCUCUCAUUAGCAUGAAAGAGGGGAAGGGCAUAAAAGACUCCAGUUCACUUUGAGUCUGGAAAAACUUUACUUCAAAAUGACAACCAAAGUGUUCUGGCUCCUCUGCUUUGUCAUUAGAUCACCUUCCAGCUCAGUGGUUGGAUCCCUGUCCUAUGCUGAGAAACCCAGUCAGACACUCAGCAAAGAUGCUUACAGCUUAGCAAAUACUGCACCUGGCCCAGUCAAGCUGCCAGCCUGGGGCACCAGCAGCACCAGAGAGAAUCACACAGAACGCUGGCAUCUGCCUCCUGCCAACCUGCCAUGGCCAAGACCUCCUGAGAUCAUCUCCUCAUCAGACAGAAAGAAACACACCAAACCUCUAGAAAACAGCACAGGGCUGAGAAAACACCUCCUGCAGUAUGGAGGGACCCUGCCUCUGGAGAGCCCAAAUGAGAGGCCUUCUCUUGCCUCCUCUGAUUUCAACCAUGCAAACAGAAAGCAGGCAGACAGGCAGCUGGCGGAGGCUGCCAACAGUGUGUCGGCUCAAUUCCACCAUGCAGCACCUUCCUACCCAAAGAUGAUAUCCUUAGUGGAGACUCAGCCUUUCCCAGACUCUGGAGCAGCUGAGUUGAAUGAUCCUAACAUGCUGGAUCACUUCAACCGACCAGGCAAGAUAAUCUCCUACAAACACACUGAUCCCUUGAAAGGGAUCAGCAAACCCUCCUGGGUCACCAACCGCCACCCAUCCAGCUUGUCCUACCACUUCAGUGCACUGAAGAAAGAUCCUGGUAAGGAUAAGGCAUGCCUGAGCGAGUGCAGGAAAGAGAGAGACGAGGUGGAAGCCUACUGCACCAGUGAAUUUGCAGUGAAUGGAAUUGUUUACAGCGUGGAAAGCUUGGGGAACGGAGUCCACUUGGUUACACUGUUGGUAAACAGCGAUGGAUUAUACAAGAUGAGUCGCCUCUAUGUUGCUCCUGAUGGCUUCUUCUUUCGAGUUCACAUUCUGCUUGUGGAUAGUUUGAACUGCAGUAAACCCUGCCCAGACUUCAAACUUGGCAGCAGGUACAUUGUGAUGGGUCAAAUCUACCACAAGAGACGACAGAUCCCUGCCAACCUGCUGCAGUUUCUGCGCGGGCGCCUGCGGCCCGGGGAUGGUUUGCUGCGAAGCAGCAGCAGCUACGUGAAGAGAUUCAACAGGAAGAGGAACCGCAAAGUGCAGGCAGCGCAGACCAAGUGUAGAUAAGGCUCCAGUAACCUCCAUCUGGGACAAAGGCAGCAGCAUUCACCUACCAGAACAGACCUGGCCAUGAUUCAGCAGCAGCAGAAGGUAUUGUCUUCACCUCUGGAACUAGUGGUGAUGGGACACUUGCUUUGUGCUUUGGCAAACACUAACUGAACAACUUGACUAGGCACCAGUAGACUGGGAAGCUCAGCACAAGUGUCAGUGUGCUAUACUCCAUCAGGACACUGAAGGAAACAGGAAACAUCAACUGGCCAUGAAUUCCUUCCAGCCAUUUCCAGAGCCACAGUUCAUUGCUACCUCCUCUGCUGUAACACAACCCCAAUAAUCUGUAGUAACUGUAACAUGAACCUCUGGAGGCAUUGCUCUAGGUACACAGGAAAUAACUGCACUUUGAACCCUUAGAACAGACAUUGUAGGUAAAGCUGUGGUGUCAUCUAGAGCGUGACCACUGUGUUUUCACACAGUUCUGCCUUUAAGGAUGCCCUGCAGUUGAUUCAAAAGAAACCAAUAAACCCAAAUUACUGUUUGCAUUGCUUUGGUAUCCUCGGGGACAUCCCUACCAUUAAACAUGUCACUGCUCUUCAUUCAGAGCAGGAUUUUCACACGAGGCAUACAAACCAGCUGUGUAUGAACACACUGACAGCAAAUGGAGUGACUGCUCUACUCAGACCCCGGUUGGGCUCACAAGUAAGGAUGCCAGUUCAUGCCAAGGCAUGCACAAGCAGCACAGAAUCACAACCACAUUCUGUGUUCCUGCUUACACUGUCAACCCUUAGAAGCUCAGUUGCAGAACCAUGUACUGAAUGUCUUUUUCCCUUGAAAAUUGUCACCAACUUUGCCCUUGCACAUGAGUAAAAUUACUUCUGGAACUGAAGAUACAAUCUUCCAGUACCUUUAACGUCAUGGGAUGGCAAAAGCUGUGAUAUGCCUGCAAAAGGGAUCUUGAUGUUGGCAGUUCCAAGAGUAGGUGUUCACAAAUCAGAAGUCUGACACUAAAAUGUUCUCAGGGUUCUGGGUUCACCAUCUCCUGGGUUCUGAAAGAUCCAAAAAGCUUAUGUGGCAAAGAUAUCUUGUCUGAGAAGUCAUCUGGGGAUUUAAAGAUGUUUAUUUAGAUAAAAACCAGGAAGCAGUGGCUUCUACAAGCAUUUUCUGUUUUGAAGCAAAGGUAUUUCUGACAUAAUCCUACUCAUGCACAUCUGCAGCUUGAUUCAGUGGCACUGACAAGCUACUGCAAGUUGUGGAUGGGCAGUAAGUCACACUAUGAAGUAUUUCUUGGUAUGGAAUAGGAACCAAAUGCCAUAAGCAAACAUACCUUGGGCUCCCAAAGGUUGCUACUAUAGGACAGAAAUUUACUCAUAGCUUGUAUCUGUCUGAAAACUGUGGUGUCUCUCUUCAGUUAUGUGAAAGAUUUUGCACAGAGUGCAGCAGAUACAGAUGGAAUUUUCCUGAGAGACCUUGAGGGGGCUUUUGAUUUGGCAGAAUGACUGCUCCUGGCACUCAAUCAAAGCACUGGAGUGGACUGGGAGGGACAGGAGAAGGAAGGAGGAAGGGUUACAUGUGCAUCUCGAGUUUCUCUGUUUCUAUUUUCAACAAAGUCCAGGACUAAUCAGCAAGUCCUGCAGUCACUACCCAGAGCAGCCAUUAAACACCCUUGGCCACCCCCAAGACAUUGCUGUAAUCUAAACCAGACCAAGUGUGGGUACAGGAACAACAUCCAUGGCUAAGUCUCAUCUGAUUGUCUCUCAGAAGAGAUAAAUAAUUGUGUACCAGUGCUAAGGAUAUCCACAGCCCCAGUAAAGCAGCACCAGCUGACACUGCCUGCACCAGUCAGGUACAGCUAUUGCUCACAAGCAAGCCCCAAGAGGAAUUUG